UACUUCUGGUGGUUCUCCACGGCCGCCAACUACGGCUGCUUCCUGGCCAUGUCGCUGGAGCGGUGGUUUUACAUCGCGAGGCCGUUCGCGUACGGCCGGUGCAUCGGGAAGCUCUUUUUCGCAGUGUCGGUGGCCUCGAUUUGGGUUCUGGCGGGCGUGUUCGCGUGCGCGACUCAAAUCGUCGGCAGCGACGGGGGUUUCUUCAUCGAGGUCUACCUCCUCCCCGUCUCGCACACGGUCGCCUGCUGCUUCAUCUUCGCCAUCUACUACCACAUCGUCGUGAUCACGCGGCGCCACAUCGAGGCCAUCUCGAAGACG